ACCUGAACCGUGCCGACAAUGAUUUCCCGCACGCACGUAAAGGCAUUGCGUGCCGGUCUCCUCCUCCUCCACCUCGAUCGGGAGCUCGCCGAAUCAGCAGGGAGCAGUCGAGCGCAGCGCGGCGCGGCAAUGAGGAGCUUGGGAGGUGGCGGUGGCGGGGCCGACGACAAGGUCGGGCUGCCGCCGCUGGACGUGGCGCUCGCGUUCCCGCAGGCUACGCCGGCGUCCCUCUUCCCUCCCGCCGUAUCGGACUACUACCAGUUUGAUGAUUUGCUGACUGAUGAAGAGAAGGCACUACGGAGGAAGGUCCGAGGUAUUAUGGAAAAAGAAAUCGCGCCCAUUAUGACUGAAUAUUGGGAGAAGGCAGAAUUCCCCUUUCACGCAAUUCCCAAACUUUCAACUCUUCUCUUAGCUGGAGGUACAAUAAAGGGAUAUGGGUGCCCAGGACUCUCGCUUACUGGUAGUGCUAUUUCGAUAGCAGAAGUUGCACGGGUUGAUGCGAGCUGCUCCACAUUUAUUCUAGUGCACUCCUGUUUGGCAAUGUCCACGAUUGCCCUUUGUGGAUCAGAGGCUCAAAAGCAGAAGUACUUACCAUCUCUUGCUCAGUUAAAAACUGUUGGUUGCUGGGCAUUGACAGAGCCAGAUCAUGGAAGUGAUGCAAGCUCCUUAAGGACUUCAGCAACCAAGGUACCUGGUGGUUGGCAUUUAGAUGGCCAAAAACGCUGGAUAGGUAACAGCACUUUUGCAGAUGUGCUCAUCAUUUUAGCUAGGAAUGCAGAUACAAACCAACUUAAUGGAUUUAUUGUGAAGAAAGGAGCUCCUGGUCUGAAAGCCACAAAAAUUGAAAACAAAAUUGGACUCAGAAUGGUUCAAAAUGGUGAUAUAGUUCUAAAUAAAGUAUUUGUCUCUGAGGAAGACAGAUUAAUAGGCAUCAAUUCAUUUCAGGAUGUAAACAAGGUACUUGCCAUUUCCCGCGUUAUGGUAGCGUGGCAGCCAAUCGGCAUAUCUAUGGGAGUAUUUGACAUGUGCCAUCGGUAUUUGAAGGAACGGAAGCAAUUUGGAGCUCCACUGGCAGCUUUUCAGCUCAACCAAGAAAAGCUUGUUCGGAUGCUCGGCAACAUUCAGGCCAUGCUUCUCGUUGGCUGGCGCCUAUGCAAGCUGUAUGAAUCAGGCAAAAUGACACUAGGCCAUGCCAGUUUAGGCAAGGCGUGGACCUCCAAGAAGGCUAGGGAGGUAGUUUCUCUUGGCCGAGAGCUAUUGGGCGGCAAUGGUAUUUUGGCUGAUUUCCUGGUUGCGAAGGCAUUUUGUGAUUUGGAGCCGAUUUUCUCGUACGAAGGCACCUACGACAUUAACAGCCUGGUGACUGGCAGAGAGAUCACUGGGAUUGCGAGCUUCAAACCUGCUGCAUUGGCGAAAUCGCGUCUCUGAUUUUUCCCCUUACAGAUGAAGCUACAACAAACAAAAUAGACAUCCACCUUGUCUAUUCUGAUGAUGUGGGAAUAAGAGCAACAGAAAAGGAAUGUUAAUUCCAGUGUCAGUUUCCAGUGGUCAUCUUUAUCUUGCAAAAUGGUGUCCAACUGCCAUUUGUUCCACAGGCUCAGUACAGUGAUAUUGCUACACAAUCGCUUCAGUAUAGUUACCCACUUCCAUCUUUCGCCUGACGGUGUAAAACUUCUACUGAGCACUAAAAAUACAUAUUGAUCACUGUAAAAGAAACAUAUUAUUGAAAAGGAACUGUAUAAGUAGCAUGGUUAUUAGUGCUGCUAAGUGCUAAUAAGGAAUACAGACAUACCUGAAAGUAACAACUCCCAGGCUUGUUCA